CAGCUGGUCUGGCACGACUUCUUUUCUCUUCGCUUUAUCGUUCUACUUCGACAUUCAAUCGACUCUGCGACCUGUCAUUCUGCCUUGAGGCUUUGGGCUUUUGUACCUCUGCAUCUUGAGCGAUCGGAGCGCCCACCAUGAGGCUGAUAGCGGUACUAGUCGCACUUGCAUUCUGCCAGCUUACAGCUGCAGUGCUGUUCGGUGAGAGCGGGGGACCUGUCGCCUCUGCGCACAAUGCUUUGACGCGAGGCAAACAAAUGCUGGCCGCUUGGAUUCAUCCUUCGAAAGGCGUCGCACUUCGCAAAGGAGCGCCCAGAAACCAGAGCCCAAUUUCCCUGUUGGGCUGCAUGACCUGUGAUACAGGCGUCGUCGACCCGAAGAGCAACAAGCAUAUCAGGGAGUCGUCCAAAAAGCUCGACGCAGAGGCAAAUUCAUGGGCAAACAGAGCCAGCGCUUCCGACGAGCACUCGCUCUACCUUUAUGGCAGCCGCACAGGAUCUCGAAAGAGCAGCACCUCUUCGUCGCCCCACUCGAGGCGUAGAGAUGGAUCCGGCAAGGGUGUAGGACGCACUGAUCAUCUCCUGCUUGCUCAGAGUCGGCCAGGAAGUCCGAUUCCCUCCAGGCAUGAUCCGCACAUCAACAACAUUUUCCUUGGCAACUCUUAUUGGGGACGGCAGUCCCUCGCAACACCACCAAAAUCAGUAUGGGGUAGUCCUGGCUCUCCUACUGGGCCGUUGAGGAACGAAGUUGGCAAGCAGGUUUUCCGUAGCAAGAGCUUCAAGCCAGCGACAUCCUUUUCAUUCCAGCCCGAAGUGUCAAGCUUGUCCCACGACGCACAUGAGCCAGGUUCAACCUCUCCAGAUCUCACUCACUUCAAACGGUCCGGUCGCAAGAAAACGGACCUCACCCCGCUCAACGUUCCGAAGCGCUCGGAGGAGAUUCAGCGAAGACGAGUACAGAUCGAGGCGAUCAUGCCGAUCAGCACUGAGAUGACCUUGAUGAAACGCUCGAGUCAUGGACAAGUAGCCUUUAUGAUGCAAAACAACUUGCAACGCCGACUGUUGAAGAGCGGCUAUGCCAAGGCGAAGAAGGUCUUGCGAGCCGUCGGCAACAUGGGCUGCACUGGAUGCGGAAAAGCGUGGUCUCCACAGCCGUCGGUUGCCGAUCACUACUGGCGACUCGGCUCCGCCUCCUUCUCAGACGCAACACGCUCCCGACACUCGCGAUCAGUAUCAUUUUCCGACAUGUCCACGUCGCUCAAGGAGUCCUCCUUGACGCCCAAGGACUUACCUCAUCUACGCAACGGUGGUCAGAUUUCGCCGUCCCGUUUGAUGCAAGAGUCUCCACCGCGUCAGCCCCCCAAUGAGAAUUUUGACGAUCCAGAACAGUGGAAUCGAGUGUGGAAGUGGAUCCCUCGUCCACCGGCUGCCAAGCCUGCGGAACCAGUUCCGAAAACAGUUGUCGAAAGUAUCCCGCUGCCACUGCUGCCGCCACGCGCACCACCUAAAAAAUUCAAGCGAACUUCGUCUGCUGCGGGCAGCGCCAGUACGGUCCAUCCUACGACAAAAACCCCGCCUUCUUCCAUCUCUGACCUCAUCAAGCGAGGCCUGACCGAGAACCUAUUUAAGCUCUGCAAAGGAUGCACCCGCCCUUCGGCCGCGGAAGAGUCUAGCCUUGCCCCACUGAGUGCAGCGCAUUCCGACAGUCCUGCUUUCAGAAGAUUGACCAGCGAGCACAUGUCAAGAAUGCAGCAUUGGACCGAGCACGGUAGACAGCCCCUGCGUGAGCGACCGCUGCAAACAGAAACAGAAGACCUUCGCCUUUCAGAGGUGCCAGGACCGAUGAGCAUGCGCGCAAAGAAGACUGCCAUCGCUGCGUGGGCUCGUAGGCAGGGCAAGCUUCCUAGACUUGCUGGCGGCGGAACUCAGGAAAGACCCUGGGCGGAGGAGAAUCUGGGCCACGAUCGUCCAGUCUUUGAUCCAUGGCUUCUAUCGCCGGAAAGACGCCCGCCCGAGCUCGAACCUGGUCACACCAGCCAGCAGCACAGCUUUGACACGCCUCGUGCACUAUCUCCAACUCGCCUGAGUGAUGCUGGCGAGGGGUCGCGAGGCGGAGAAGCUUCACGACACAAGACCAAUGACCCAUCAGCAGCUUCUGUCAGAUCUUCUACGCUCUCGGGCCAGAACUCCUUGACCGCACUUGAAGCAGCCUUCCGGAAAGCCGAAGGCCGCGCAAACAAAUCGCCCGAAAAAGGCACCAGGGCAACGAGUGCUAGGCGUCUCGCAGAGCGGACGCGCGAUCACAGACUUGCAAAGCGUGACCUGCGCUCGGACCAGGUGUUGCAAAAGCGCUUCUUGGGCAAGCUUUUCUCGUGCUUUGGAGGAUGCAAGAGCAGCAGUCCCAAAUUUCCGAAAAUCCCUGCAGGAGCGACAGACGCAGAAGUCAAAAAGUUUGCGGGAUCCCUUCUGGGCAAGACCUCGACCAUCUCUGGCACUCGUCACCGAACGCAUCGACGUGCUCAUAGCCUACAAAUCUUGCAAAAGCGUCUCUCAAGAAGCCUUUUCGCAUGCUUCGGACUUUGCAAAGCUCCAUUGCCGCCUAGGAUGCCCCAAAUUCGGACGACCGAAGCAGAGCUUCUCAAAGUUGCUGCGGAUCGCAAGCCACAUGGCGCCAUCUCAAGCAGCCAUCUGGCUCAUGCUGAGCGUCGCGACAUUGUUCACAUUCUCCACAGGCGCUUCCUUAAGGCUUUAUUUUCCUGCUUCAUGUGCAAAAGCGGCGACAGCCCCAGAUUUCCAAGCAUUCCAAAAGGCGCAACCGACGCGGAUGUGAAGAGAAUCGCAGGGUCCAUGCUGGGCAAGACUUCGACGAUCUCCGGUACUCGUCAUCGCACGCAUCGUAGAGGAAUCCAGGUCAAUGAACUCGAAGUCACCGCGGACCGCGCUGAAAAGCGUGGCGAAAAUGGUCAGGUGGGUAUCUAGUCAGCGGUAUCAGUUCCGAGAUGGAUAGAAGAGAUCGAGCCCGUUGGCUGCGCACUGAGCGACGAAGAAGGACAGCUGAAGGGGAGAUGAUUGUGGCUAGACCGCCAAAGAGAGUCAGCCUUUCUGCGGCAAACGAAAUCGCCAAGCGAACGACUGUUUCCGAAUGAGAUGUGUGCCUACGUGUGCGCCAACCCGCCCCCUG